GCUUCAUGAGCUUUCGAAAGCGUGCUCAGCUGCUGGUGCUUUUGGUGGCUGGGCCUGCCUUCACUGAGCCCUUGUGGCAGUGGCUGUCUGAACGUGGUGGAGAUGGCUGCGUGGAAGGCAAGAGCGUUGGGGGGCUCAGGGGGCUUGCUGUCAAGAAGGCAGUGAAGAAAGGUGAAGUCAUCCUGCAGGUGCCGUUGAGGUGCACUCUCGGAGACGGAUGCAAGAGAGGAGACUCAGGGGAUGAAACUCCCGUUGCAGCAGGGCCGGGCUGGGCGAAAAAACUGCCUUGGAAUGUGCAGCUGGCGCUGGGAGUGCUCGAGCGCCGGAAGGAUCCUGAAUGGAGCGCUUUCCUAGAUAGCUGGCCCGCAGCUCCAGCUCUUCCCAAAGACUUGGAGGAGGAGGAGCUAGAGGAAGCUCAAGAUGAAGAUUUGGAAGUGAAGGCUGGCGGCACGUGCUUUUGGCUUGAGGAUCGUUAUGAGGAUGCUCGUGAAGCCUACGAGGCUGCCGAGUCCGACAGCUUUCCUUGGAGCGAAGAGGACUUUCGAUGGGCUUUGGCCCAUGUGUGGAGCAGAUGUUUGCGCCUGGACUUGGGUAGCCAAAGACGAAGACUGCUGGUGCCUCUGUUGGAUUUGGGAAACCAUGACUCCAAUCCGUCAGCCAGCUUCGAGCACUUGCCAUCUGAGCGCGCAGUGUGUCUCGUGGCACUUCGUGACAUGCAGCCAGAGGAUGCAGUAACUUACAGCUACGGUGAGCACCCAAAUGAGCACUUCCUCCUGUACUAUGGCUUCGUUCCAGCAGAGAAUCCAUAUGACUUUGUGAAUGUGACUUUCUCGAAGGUGCUGAGCUUUUUGCCGGGCUAUGAUGAGACCUUGGACCUCAAGGAGUUUGGCGGAGUAUUGUUGCGGGCCAAUGCCCCGGAUGUCUCGUUGCUUCAGGUGCUGCAUGCUGUUCUCAGAGAAGCCGGUGAUGAUGAUGCAGCUGCUCAGGCUCGGGUUCUCAAAGCCAUAGCUCAGGUGUGCAGGGGCCUCGAGCAGGAGUACCCAACAACAGCAGAAGAAGACGAAACAAUUUUGCAAGAUCCGUCGAAGUCGGGUUCGUCCGCUGGUGCAGUGACACUGGUGCAGUGGCGUUUGAGCCGAAAGCAGCUGCUACGGCGACUAGGAAAGUCAAUGGAGGAGCUUGCAACGUUGAUGGAAGAGGAUAAGGAACUUGCAGAGAGGAAGCUGAAAGCAGCAGUGACUGGACGUAGCUCCACUGCGAGACGUGCUCCGGCUAGAGGCGCUGGAAGUUCAGGGUCUUUGUGAGUGCGCCAGACAUGCAGAUGCGGCUGCAG